UUAUGUUGUAGGAUCCUAAGGAGUUCUUUUCUAUAAUGGGUGUUCUUUUUCCUAUAAGUUUCUAUCUUUUGAGCUUACUGUUUCUUGCUGAUCAUUUGUCAUCUCAUCCUCUUUGCAUUGACUCAAGAUAUCCUUUAACCUUGAAGAGUCCCUUGAAAUUUUGCCCUUAUGAUGGGAGUUCAUGCUGCAAUUCUGCACAAGAUGUGCGACUGCGAAAGCAAUUUCAGUCCAUGAAUAUAUCUGAUCCUGCAUGUGGCUCGAUUGUCAAAUCAGUGCUUUGUGCUAGAUGUGAUCAAUUCUCUGCGGAGCUGUUCAGAGUUAAUAGUGUACCUCGUUCAGUCCCUAUUCUAUGCAACUCUACUUUGUCAUCAUCUUCGCCACAAUCCAGUCAAGCAGAGAGCAACUUUUGCUCAAAAGUAUGGGAUACAUGUAUGAAUGUGUCAGUGUCGAAUUCCCCAUUUGCACCUUCAUUACAACGUCAAGGUGGAUCAUCAGUAGAUUCCAAUCUGACCAAGAUUACAGAAAUGUGGCAGUCAAAAUCUGAUUUCUGCAAUGCCUUAGGUGAAGCUUCAAAUGAUGGAUCAUUAUGCUUUGCAGGGGAACCUGUAUCCUUAAAUGCUACUGCAGAAGCCCCAAGUAUCCCCUCUGGUUUAUGCCUUGAGAAAAUUGGUAAUGGAUCUUACCUUAGUAUGGUGCCUCUUCCUGAUGGCUCAAACCGAGCUUUUUUCUCUAAUCAACAAGGAAAAAUUUGGUUGGUAACACUUCCUCGAGAAGGAUCAUCUGGAGUUAUUGAGCUUGAUGAAUCGAGACCCUUAUUGGAUUUAAGUGAUAUAGUACAUUUUGAUGCCGAGUUUGGAUUGAUGAGUAUAGCUAUUCAUCCAAAAUUCACUGAAAAUGGCCGUUUCUUUGCUUCAUUUAAUUGUGAUAAGACAGUGUGGCCUGGAUGUGAAGGACGUUGUGCAUGUAAUUCUGAUGUCAACUGUGAUCCCUCAAAGCUACCACCAGAUAAUGGUGCACAACCAUGCCAAUAUCAAAGUGUUGUUGCUGAGUUCACUGUCAGUAGUACAAAUUCACAUCCAUCAAUGGCAACCUCUGCUAGCCCAACAGAAGUCAGAAGAAUAUUUACCAUGGGCUUGCCAUUCACUACUCAUCAUGGUGGACAAAUUAUUUUUGGCCCAGAUGGGUACUUGUACUUCAUGAUGGGAGACGGAGGAGGAAAUGGUGAUCCCUAUAACUUAUCCCAGAACAAGAAGUCAUUGCUUGGUAAAAUUAUGAGGUUUGAUGUCAACCACUUCCCAAGUGCUGCAGAAAUAAGUACACAGGGUUUAUGGGGUAACUAUUCUAUCCCAAAAGAUAACCCCUAUAUCAACGAUAAUCAGUCACAACCUGAAAUAUGGGCCUUAGGAUUCAGAAAUCCCUGGAGAUGCAGUUUUGAUGCUGAAAGGCCUUUUUACUUUAUGUGUACUGAUGUUGGACAGGACUUGGUCGAAGAAGUGAACAUAAUCACUAAGGGUGGGAACUUUGGUUGGCGCGUAUAUGAAGGUCUUUACCAUUAUACACCUCUUACUUCACCUGGAGGAAAUACUUCUUUGAACUCCAUUAACCCUAUUUUCCCUGUGAUGGGUUACAACCAUUCUGCUGUGAGUUCAAAAGUUGGAUCAGCAUCAAUCACUGGUGGCUAUUUUUAUCGGUCUGUAACAGAUCCUUGCAUGCAUGGGAGGUACUUGUAUGCUGAUCUAUACGGAGGUGCAUUUUGGGGAGGCGCUGAAUACCCAAAGGAUAGUGGGAACUUCUCCACAAGCCUACUGUCAUUUAGUUGUGCUGCAGACUCUCCUAUAAAGUGCAGUUCUGUCCCAGGAAGUCCAAAUACACCGGCUCUGGAAUACAUUUUCUCAUUUGGGGAAGACCUGAGUAAAGAUGUUUAUGUCCUAGCUAGCAGUGGUGUGUACAGAGUUGUUCGUCCGAGUCGUUGCAAGUAUACUUGCUCAAAGGAAAACACCACAGAUGUCUCAGCACCUUCUUCGGCUCCAUCGUCAUCUCCUUCAGAGUCACAAGCCAUACAGUUGAGCAAACACACAUGCACGAGUUUGGUGAUUUUGUUGUCUUUCUUAGUCCUAUUUAUGAUGGAACGGACAUAUCUGUGAUCAAUUUGUAUAUGAGAGACUUCCAUAUAGAAUCAAUAUUAUCAAUUUUUCUUGAUAUCAUAUGAAGUUUAAGUAUACAUUCUCCCUCCA